GUGCGCAAGCACAUGCUCAGCGUGUUUGUGGCGGAUGAGUCGGGGCUGAUCAACCGCGUGGCGGGCGUGUUUGCGCGGCGCGGUGCCAACAUCGAGUCGCUGGCUGUGGGGCUGACGGUGGACAAGGCCCUGUUCACCAUUGUGGCUACCGGCACCGAUGCCACGGUGGCCAACCUGGCCAAGCAAAUUGCCAAGCUGGUGAAUGUGCGGUACGUGGAGGACAUCACCGAUGAGAGCCACGUGGAGCGCGAGCUCAUGCUGAUCAAGGUGCACGCGCCCCCUGGCCCAACCCGCACCGAGGUCACCCAGAUCGCCGACAUCUUCCGCGCCCACGCCGUGGACUGCUCCGACCGCACCAUGACGCUGCAGGUCACGGGCGACGUGGGCAAGAUGGAGGCCUUCCGCCGCGUGCUGGCCAAGUUUGGGGUGGUGGAGCUGGUGCGCACGGGGCGCAUCAGCCUCAAGCGCGGAGACCGCAUGUUUGACACGGGGGCCUGGAGCCAGCGCCAGGCAGGGCGAUCAGCCCCUGCCUGCUGCCGCGCGCCCGCGCCGCCUGCCCGCAGCUCCAGCACCCCGCGGGCGCACCCGUCGGUGCAGCAGCCCACGGCGCAGCCGGGGGAUGGCGACGUCUACGCCUCAAACGUGCUGGAUGCAGCAUACGACACCGUGGCGGCGGUGGCCAAGGAGCCAGAUGUGCUGGCCAUUGAGGUGCAGGAUGUGCCGGGCGUGCUCAACCAGGUGACGGGGGUGUUUGCGCGGCGCGGCUACAACGUGCAGAGCCUGGCCGUGGGCAACAGCGAGCGGGAGGGCAUGAGCCGAAUCACCAUAGUGGUCCCCGCCAGCACCAGCAGCAUCGCCAACCUCAUCAAGCAGCUCAACAAGCUGGUGUAUGUGGAGAAUGUGGAGGAGCUGACGCUGGUGCCGCACGUGUCGCGGGAGCUCAUGCUCGUCAAGGUGGCCUGCUCGGCGUCGCAGCGCGGGGAGCUGGUCAGCCUGGCAUCGAUCUUCCGGGCCCAGGUGUGCGACGUGAGCGUCAACACGCUGACCCUGGAGGUGACGGGCAGGGAGGAGAAGAUGGUGGCGCUCAAGGAGGUGCUGGAGCCGCACGGCAUCCUGGAGGUGGCGCGCACGGGGCGCGUGUGCAUGCAGCGCGACAGCGGGCUGGACUCCAAGUUCCUGGGGCGCGUGGCGGGCAGCCGCGUCAUGCUCUGAGCGGUCGGCUCGUGGGCGCAGCAGCCGCGCCGCGCCCUGGGCUGGGCAUGCUCUGAGCUGGGGCUCGCCCACAGGCGGCUGCCUGUGGAAGGGGAAGGCGGGCUGGGGUGGCGGCCGC